AUGGCGCCACCUACCAAUGUGCAUGCUUCAAACAGAGCGCUGCCUAACACGACUGAGAAAAUUCUCGUAGAUCUUCGCAGCAGGAAUGAGCACACGCAGAGGAAAGCCAUGGGGGAGCUGCGGUCUGCGGUGGAGAUGGAAUCAAGGCAGAUGUCCAGGGAGGAGUUCAGUGGGUUCAUAACGGAGCUGAACAAGAGAAUAUUCGACCUAGUAAAGAGCGACGACCCCUGCGAAAAGAUGGGCGGAAUCAACGCGAUGGAUUCUUUGAUCGACUUUGAAUGCGAGGAGACGUCUACUCUGAUCACCAGGUUCGCAAACUACCUGCGCCUUGUGCUACCAUGCAACGAUGUUGGCACUAUGAUAAUGGCGAGCAAAGUUCUCGGUCACUUGGCACAGUCGGGAGGGACUUUGACAGCUGAUUUCGUUGAGUUUGAAAUGAAGAGGGCUCUUGAAGGCUUGAACACUUCAAAGCGCUCCGAACAUCAGAAGCUAGCGAGUCUUUUGGUAUGCAAGGAGCUAGCUACAAAUGCGCCAACGUUGUUCUUCAUGCAUGUUCCGUCGUACCUGAAAUCUAUUUGGGUAGGAAUCCGCGAUCAGAAGCAGAUCAUCCGCGAGGCAGCCAUCGAGAGCUUGAGAGCGUGCAUGACCAUCAUAGCGGAGAGGGACUUUGUGGUGCGGAAGAAGUGGUUCACGGCCGUUUACGAAGAGGCUGAGAAAAGUUUCCACACAAACAGCAUAGAAGGAGUCCAUGGAUCGCUCCUUGUGAUGGGUGAACUCUUGAGCCUGCCCAACAUCGCGCCUGAUAUACCAGCAAGCGCGACGUUGUCAGCAAUGUGGGAGACCACUAUGGCGUAUAAGGACCACAGAGACGCGCUGAUUCGGCGCACAGUGAUUUCCAUUCUUCCCACUGUGGCCAAGAUCGACGAGGAGGAAUUCAGAGCUGCGUACGCCGAAGAUUGCAUCAAGUACCUCCUCGCGACUCUGAAGAGGGGCAACGAGAGCUCGGCGGCCUUUGUCUCACUGGGGGCCAUCGUCAAGGUUGCAGGAGCGUGGGUGAUCGAGUCUUUUGUGGAUGACGUCAUGAAUCUGGUUCAAGAUGGAAUCACUCCGACCCCUCGUAAACCUUUCUGCUUCGAGGCCCCCCAGUGCCUGGCAUCGCUCACCACGGUGGACUCGAGCCACGUCGUCCUCAAUGAAAGGAUGCCAGAACUGAUAGAACAGAUGCUGGCCGGGUCAGAGGGCAACCUAACUCCUGCGCUGAUCUCUUCGUUGUCUCAGAUCGGGAAAUCGAUGCCAUUGCUCUUGCCAGACAUUCAGAUGAAGCUCUUAGAUAGCAUUUCUUUCACCCUACAACGAACUCCGUAUCAACCCUCUGGGACUCCCAACUCAAGGCGCAUCGUCCCUCUCCGGGGAGGAGUGAUGAGCGUGCAUUCUGGGACAGCAAAAGGGCGACAGAAUGCUGUCAUUCAAGCUCUGCAUGCCUUGACGUCUUUCGAUUUCACGGGCAACCAGCUCUGCGAGUUUGUCAAGGACUGUGUCUCCCAGUACCUCGACGAUCAGAGUAGGAUGGUGCGACUAACGGCAGCGCAAACUUGCAGCAACCUGCUGCUAAGGCCAGGAGAGACGGUCCCGAAGCGAGGGCGGACUGCCAUAGUGGUCUCUGAGAUCCUGGAGAGGCUGCUCGUGACGGCGGUCAGCGACUCUGACCCGCAGAUCCGAGUGAUAGUCUUGGAGUGCCUCGGCCCCCGCUUCGACUACUUCCUCGCUCAGUCUCACUGCAUCGACUCUCUCUUUGUUGCCCUCAACGAUGAAGUCUUCAACGUGCAAGAAGCUGCCAUUCGCAUCCUGACCAGGCUUACUCUCUGCAACCCAGCCCACGUGUUCCCUGGCCUUAGAAAGGUCUUGAUCCAGCUGCUCACCGCCCUUGAGUUUGGAGGGGAGGACAAGAAGGAGAAGAGCACAAGACUGCUGCAGCAUGUCAUCCUUGCGGGACAUCAUCUAGUCAAACCAUACGUGUCAUCGAUCCUUGACGCCAUCCUCCCAAAGUUGCAGGACUCGAACCCGACUGUCGCUGCCAACGUGCUCAACACAGUUGGAGUCCUUUCGCACGUCGGGAGCUACGACGUGCUGAAGCGGAAGGACGACAUCUUCUAUCUCAUGAUGGAGGCGCUGCAGGACCAGAGCAACACGAACAAGAGGAGGGUCGCUACCAAGACCCUCGGCUUGCUCGUGCAGAACACUGGCUUCGUGGUUGAGCCCUACAAGACGUACCCCAAUCUGCUCUCCAUCAUGCUAAAGAGACUUCAGGCUGAGCAGACCAACGAGAUCCGGCAGGAGCUGCUGAAGGUGAUGGGAAUCUUAGGAGCCGUCGACCCGCACAUCCUCAAGAUGCGACAGACGAGAAACAGCAGCGGCCUUCCCAUCACUUUCUCUGCGGAGAAGUGGAGGAGGGAGGAGGAACUCCCUGGCCCCUCCACAGACGAGUACUAUCCUACAGUGGCCGUGUCAAAGCUGGUCAAGAUCCUCAACGACCAGUCGCUCAGCAGUUACCACCAGAUGGUAAUCCAGGCCGUGAUGUUCAUCUUCCGAACUCUCGGGCUCAAGUGCGCGACCCUCCUGCCCCAGAUGAUGGACCCCAUUCUUAACCUGCUGCGAUCCCAUCAGCAGCAGCUGCGAGAUUUCCUGUUCCAGCAGCUCGGACUCCUCGUCUCGAUCGUCAAGCAGCACAUCCGCCCUUACCUACCCGGGAUCUUUGAGCUGAUCCACGAGUUCUGGAACCAGCAGUCUCUGCAGCCGCAAAUGCUCUUCCUGAUAGGGGAGAUCACAUCAGCGCUCAAGGACGAAUUCAAGGUCUACGUUUCUCCUCUCAUCCCCAAACUCCUCGGAGCCCUCAACAAGGAGAACGCAAGGAGCAGACCGAUGACCUGCCAGAAGGUGAUGUACGCCCUCGAGCUCAUGGACGCGAACUUGGAGCUCUACUUGGAUGUCAUCAUCCCUGCCAUCGUUGCCAUCGCCGAGCAGGAGGACUCGAAGCUGGAUGUAAGGGUAGCUGCGAUCCAGUGGAUCGGGAGGAUGAGUUUGAGGCUGAACAUCUCGGACUUUGCCUCAAAGAUCAUUCACCCUCUUGUUCGCAUCCUCGAAGGCCCGAUCGACUCGCUCUACAAACCAGCCAUCAUCACCAUUUGUGCGCUGAUGAACGCGCUGGGCCAACGGUUCUUCCUCUUCGAGCCCAUGUUGACCAAGAUCAUCGUCAGGAAGCGCGUCAACGAUGGGGUUGGGAGAUACCAGAUGCUCCUCGAACGGCUCAGAAGCGGCGAGGUCCUCACGCUGGAUGACUACCCGACGGAGGAGCUGGGGACUCUUGGGAGCAACUCGAGCUCGUUGGAGUCUGUACUUGACACAGGUCAAGUGAGGAAGAUCGCAGUCAACCAGCCCAACUUGAAGCGAGCAUGGGAAGCUUCGCAUAGGAGCACCAAGGAAGACUGGGCUGACUGGAUGAGGAGGUUUGCUGUGGAGCUCUUGCGAGAGAGCCCUUCCCCUGCUCUCCGAUCCUGUGCGGCCCUCGCGCAAGUGUACCACCCUCUUGCUCGUGAGCUCUUCAACGCUGCGUUCUUGAGCUGCUGGAUGGAGUUGUACGAGAGCUACCGGGACUCGCUCAUGCGCUCGCUGGAGAUCGCUUUUUCCCCUGAGAAAAGUCCCAACAUCCCGCCCGAGGUGCUGCAGACUCUGCUCUCCCUUGCCGAGUUCAUGGAUCACGACGAGAAGCCUCUUCCCAUCAAGAUCCCGAAGCUCGGGGCCGUUGCCGAGAAGUGCCAGGCGUACGCCAAGGCGCUGCACUACAAGGAGAUGGAGUUCUUGGGGUCCCCUCAUACCGCCAUCCAGUCGCUCAUCUCCAUCAACAACUUCCUGGGCCACACAGAGGCGGCCAACGGCCUCCUCGUCCACGCGCAGAAGUGCCUCAACCUAGAGGUGAAAGAGUCCUGGUACGAGAAGCUUCACAAGUGGGAGGAGGCUCUCGACGCCUACCGCCAGCGGCUCAAGACGGAGCAGGCGGCGGAGGCGCAGGAGGGAUGCAUGCGGUGCUUGCAGGCGCUAGGGGAGUGGGAGCAGCUCAAGGACAUGACAGAAGCGGCAUGGAGCUCGGCUCUACCUGAUGCUCGCUCUCGCAUCGCCCCGUUGGGAGCUGCCGCUGCCUGUCAGAUCGGGGACGUAGAGCAGCUGGCCAUGUACAUCGAAGCCAUGGACCCCAAGUCAGUGGAGGGCUGCAUGUAUAAGGCGAUGUUCCUUGUGCACGGGGACGCGUUGGAUGAGGCGCAGGAGAAGCUGGAGGUGACGAGAAGGCUGCUGGACACGCAGCUGACGGCCCUCGUGAGCGAGAGCUACGAGCGAGCAUACAAGGCCGUGGUGAUCACGCAGCAGGUGACGGAGCUGGAGGAGGUGCUCCAGUUCAAGCGCGCAAAGGCCAUGGACGCGCUGCCGGCCUGCGAGCACAUCCGGCACAUGUGGACUCAGAGGCUAUUCGGGGCGCAAGCGAACGUGGAGGUCUGGCAGAGCCUGCUGGCCAUCCACAGCCUGGUGAUCCCCCCGCGGGAGUACUCGGAAGCAUGGCUCAAGUAUGCUUCCCUCUGCCGCAAGACUGGGCGGAGCAGCCUCUGCUACAAGGCCCUUACCAAGCUGCUCAACUACAACGAGCAGUUGCAGCAGCUGGAGUCUCCCUUCUCCCCCUCCGUGGACCCCGAGAUCGGGUUUGCAUGGCUAAAGUACAUCUGGUACACGGGGCAGCGGGAGCAGGCUCUCGUAACGCUGCAGGAGUUCAUCAGGGCACAGCGAGGGUCGCACACGCUGCAAGCCCGCUGCCACCUCAAGGUCGGCAUGUGGACGCAGGAACUCCACGAGUCGCCGCAGCAGAACGACUUCGGGCUCAUCCUCUCCGCCUACCGGAACGCCACCAUCCUGAACAAGAACUGGUACAAGGCCUGGCACCACUGGGCUCUCUUCAACUUUGACAUCGUCUCCUACAACGAGAACAAGCAGCAGCGCAACCGUGCUGGCGGCAUCCCCUACGUGGUCGCGGCGGUCAACGGCUUCAUCCGUUCCAUCGCCCUCGGGGUCUCCAACGCUCGCGGGCACGUCCAGCAGGAUAUCCUCCGUCUCCUCACCCUCUGGUUCCGGUACGGGUCCAUCGCAGAGGUCGAACGCGCACUGGCGGAGGGGUUCAACAUCCUCCCCAUAGAGACCUGGCUGGAUGUCAUCCCCCAGAUCAUCGCGCGCAUCAACUCGCCCGACGCAGUGAUCCGCAACUCCAUCCACAACCUCCUCAUCCGCAUCGGCAAGGCGCAUCCUCAAGCUCUGAUCUACCCGGUGACGGUGGCAAGUAAGUCGCACAUCCAGGCCCGGCGGGACGCGGCCAAGAAGAUCCUGAGCGAGAUGGAGGGGUUUGCCCCGCUGCUGGUCGAGCAGGCGAAGCUGGUGAGCAAGGAGUUGAUCCGCGUGGCCAUCUUGUGGAUCGAGAUGUGGCACGAGGCGCUGGAGGAGGCGAGCAGGCUCUACUUUGCCGAGGGGAACAUCGAUGGGAUGUUUGCGGUGCUGCGGCCGAUGCACGAGCUCCUGCAGAGGGGAGCGCAGACGCAGCGGGAGCUGGAAUUCCAGCAGAAGCUCGGGCAGAACCUUGACGAGGCCAAGGAGUUUUGUGACAAGUACUGCCAGUCGAAGCAGGAAAAGGACCUGCAGAAGGCGUGGGAGAACUACUACAACGUCUUCCGCACUAUCAACAAGCUCCUCGGCCGCAUCACCUCCAUCGAGUUGGAGCACGCGAGCCCGGAGCUCAAGGCUGCCAAGGACCUUGAGCUCUCGAUUCCCGGGCAGUACCGGCCAGGGGAGCCGAUCGUGUCGAUCCAGUCGGUUGAGGAGACACUGUCGAUCAUCACGUCGAAGCAGAGGCCGAGGAAGUGCACGAUGAUAGGCUCCAACGGAAAGCCAUACCAGUACCUGCUCAAAGGGCACGAGGAUCUACGGCAGGACGAGAGGGUAAUGCAGCUGUUUGGCCUGGUGAACACGCUCCUCCACAACGAUCGCGAGUGCUCGCGCAGGGACCUGCAGAUCGUACGGUACUCCGUCAUCCCGCUCUCACCCAACUCAGGGCUCAUCGAGUGGGUCCCUGACUGCGACACGCUGCACAUCCUCGUGCGGGAGUACCGCGAAAACCGAAAGAUCCUCCUCAACAUCGAGAACCGCCUGAUGCUCGCCAUGGCCCCUGACUUCGAGAACCUUCCCGUCAUCGGCAAGGUCGAGGUCUUCCAGCACGCACUCACCAGCACCACCGGGCAGGACCUCAACAAGGUGCUCUGGCUCAAGAGCAACAACGCAGAGGACUGGCUGCUGAGGAGGACCAACUACACGCGGUCGCUCGCUCUCAUGUCCAUGGUCGGGUACAUCCUCGGGCUCGGCGACCGUCACCCUUCCAACCUCAUGCUGCACAAGUACACGGGCAAGAUCGUCCACAUCGACUUCGGCGAUUGCUUCGAGGUCGCGAUGCAACGAGAGAAAUUCCCGGAGAAAGUUCCGUUCAGGUUGACCCGCAUGCUAGUCAACGCGAUGGAGGUCUCGGGGAUUGAGGGAACGUUUCGCUUCACUUGUGAGAGCGUGAUGAAAGUGCUGCGGGCGAACAAAGUUAGGAUGUUCAAGACGGAGAGACGAGACAAUGGAGCAAGAGGGAAACAGGAGAAGCGAAGGAGGAGAGGACAGAAAAGCGGAGGAAUUGGAAUGGAGGACGAAGGUGGAUGA